GGGAAAGGAAAGUUGCAACCGCAGCAGGAAAUUAGAUGCGCCCGCCCUAACAUAUUGACUUAGCGGAACUGAAACCCACCCACUGAACUGAACUCCAUCUCGCCUCGCCUCGCCUCCCCACAGGCGCUUGGGAAUUUGAGGCAUAAGCCGCUGUUUAUUGAAGGAUUGGGUCGUUUGGGGUUUCAAUUUUUGCCACAAGCUCCAUGGCCAUGGGUAUUUUUAAUUACCUGUAAUCUUUUUUUUUGCGCGAUUAUUCGCUUCUCGGCGGUGGCCGGCCUUAAUUGGGUUUUGCGAGAUGAGAAAAGGGAAGGAGAAGCCACCGGAGCCUCUUGAUUUCUUUAUUUGGACUGUGGAGGAUGUUGGCUUGUGGUUGGAGCAGAUAAACCUUGGUGGCUAUCGUCAAGUAUUCAAAGAAAAUGGGGUCAAUGGAGAGUAUUUGGAAGGGCUGUCAGUGUUUACAACUGAACAGAUUCUCCGGUUCAUAAGGAAGUGCCAUAUGAAAUGGGGUGAUUUUAUAACCUUGUGCAAGGAGCUAAGGAGAAUAAAAGUGGCCUGCUUGAAAGGGGAGCAAAAGUUACGGCGGCCAUGGUGGGCUCCAGCUUGUCUUUCACCCGUAUUUAUGAAUGCCGCAAAACGCAACAGGCAGUGUCGGGUUGUUUCACUGAAGCUGGAACCAUGACGUUGUAUAAAUACUCAUACAUAUAUAUAUAUAUAUUGUAGUUUGCAUUUCCAACUUCCUUUGGAAAUCUGUAGAAGUAGAAAAGAUAGUUGCACUGCUCCUUUUUGUCAUUCAAGAUCGUUAUACUCGCUCGCGCAAUUUUGGUUCUUCUUCCUGAGAACCAUUUCUGGUUUAUGCAACAAUUUUUACAGUUGUUUUUCCUUCA